AGCCUGGUUUUGCGCGUGCCGUGGCCACCAGGCCUGGGACCCUCUGCCAACCGGGAUCGCGCCUGCAGAGCCCUCUAACGGCCUGGAGAUCUUCUGGCUGCGUUCUAGAAAUAAUAGGGCUGCGCUGGCAUGGACCAUGUGUGACCCCCGCCCGCCACGGGCGAUUGGAGUGCUGGUCGAGGUACUACCAAGCCGACCUUCAUUUUCCCUCCGUCAGCCACUCACAACACGAGCCUGGCGGCAUUGUAACUGCGCAAAUGACCUGCAAAGUCUCUCAGUCUGGCCCUGGGGGCCCCGUCCCCGGCCCUUUGCUCAUCGCAUUAACCUUGACGUAGAAUUCGUCCUGGGCUUGCCCUACUCAGCUAAGACCCUACCCUUCAGGAACAAAAACCGUCUCGUGGGGUUGCUGCUGCUCUCUGGUGCUUGGAUUCGGAUGUCCGUGUGGCAAUUACAUAGGACCGAGCGCAGAAGGGACAUUCUGCGCCAACUUUCUUAAUGCUCUUCUCCCUAUCUCGCGCCAACAGGUUAUAAUGCACGGCGCUCCCAGUUGGACUCCCAAAAUUCCUCUGCUGAAUGGCGCGGCCUUCCAGAUUCGACUUGCUGCAACAUUUGUCAACUGAGCAAAACGCGAACCAUCCCAAAACACGUGCGAUACAUCUCCUCGAGAGUCGGCACACCACCU